AUGGUGACCGACGCGAAUACGAAGGAACGACUAUUUAUCGAUUCGCCAGGCUAGGAGAAUUUAGCCGAGGCAAGGUAAUGGAGUACUGCCCGAGGCAAUGAGCGUUUCAUCAAAUCCCUCCCUCUCUUUCACUGCUCUCCCAUUUUUUGGACAACCACUUGCGCUCUCCAUUCGUUUGCAUCACGUCCUACGAUGCACUCUCUCUACAAGUUCUGUCUAUCAAUACUUCCCUUAACCAUUCGGGUUGGUGCUCGUUAUCACGCGCCCUCCCCUUACAGUCGUACUACUGCUAAGACCUACAGCAUUAAAGACUUUUAUUCAGGGGAGGACUUCUUCAAUGGUGGGAAUGUCAUCUUCCAAAGCAAGUCAGAUGCACAGGAUAAGGGGCUUGCGUAUGUCAAUAGCACCUCCGACAACGACAACGACAAUGACAACGACAACGACAAUGAUAACGACAACGGCAGUGACACGAACAUCUAUUCUUCCUCUUCCUCUUCCUCCUCCUCCUUGACGGUCUUUGCAAUUGAUUCAACUAGUACGGUUGCUGCCGGCGGCUCGCGUGACGCUGUUCGUAUCACAUCUCAGAAGAGCUACACUGGCGGUCUCUUUGUCAUGGACGCCUCCAAAAUGCCCGUCGGCUGUUCUACGUGGCCUAGUUUCUGGACCGUUGGUCCAGACUGGCCCUAUGGGGGUGAAAUCGACAUUGUCGAGGGUAUCAAUGACCAGACGAAAAAUCAGAUGACCCUUCAUAGUGGCACGAGUAACGCAUGCACCAUCGAUACGGAUGAUUCGGAUGAGUAUACGGGCACUGUCCUGGCAAGCAACUGUUACAGUACCGAGAGCUCGGACGCAGGCUGCAGCAUCAUGGACCCCGACACAACGUCUUUUGCGUAUGGCUUCAAUAAUGCAGGGGGCGGCGUCUUUGCGCUUCUGUGGGACAACUCCACUGGGAUGUCAAUGUGGCAUUUUGCUCGCUCUGACAUCCCUUCGGAUCUCACUGACCAAGCACCCACGCCUUCCACAUGGGGCACCCCGUCUGGUUUCUGGUCUGCAAAAACCUGCGACAUAACAGACAACUUCUACGACCAUCAAAUGGUCAUUGACACAACUAUCUGCGGCAACUGGGCAGGUGGUGCUUACUCCCAGUCUGGGUGCUCAGGAAAGUGCACGGAUAUGGUCGCCGAUGCUUCUAACUACGUCGAUGCUUACUGGGCCAUCAACUACGUCGCCGUCUUCCAGUAAACACCCUGCGGCAAUCCUUCAUUUCCCCCUACUCUGUUACUCCAGAGCGUCAUUUGCGUCAAUCAUUCCUUUUCUUUCUAUUGGUGGUAU